GCCGACGUGGAAGUUUUUGCCUUUCUUCUAACUCCACCUUUGCUCAGAGUCAAAAACAGGCGAAGAGCUUCUCUUUGCUUCCAAAAUCAAUUUUCCACCGUCGUCAUCGCCGCCGCUGCCUUCUUCGCCAAAUCUGAUACUCUUUUUCCACAGAUCGAAGCUCUAACACCUUCUUCUCCGGUAUUCAGAGAAAUAUGGCGUAUGUGGAUCACGCGUUUUCGAUAACAGACGAAGACAUUAUGAUGGAUUCUCCGUUCACCGUCAACAAUCGACCUCCGAUCAAGGAGAUCGCUCUUGCCGUUUCUCUUCUCGUUUUCGGCAUGAUUGGAAUCGUCGUUGGUGCCUUCAUGGCCAGUAAUCGAGUCGGUGGUGAUCGUGCUCACGGGGUGUUUUUCUCGUUGUUGGGAGCUCUCUUGUUUAUUCCAGGAUUCUAUUACACGAGGAUUGCCUACUAUGCAUAUAAGGGUUACAAGGGUUUCUCCUUUUCCAACAUACCCCCUGUCUAAAUGCUCAAACUUCCGACUAGUUGUACAGAUUUUCUUCCCCAGAUUUCUUCACUGUCUACGUUGGUUCUACCCUCACUUGUCUUUGACUACUAAUUGUACUGUAUCCGUUUACUAUGGUUGAAGAGUGAAGAAUCUAUCUGGAUUUGCAUUGUGCAUUGUGCAUUAUCAAGAUAGUUCUUCUGUUUUUACUUUUUAGUGGUCGGUGGCAUAACCGUUUUAAUGAAGGAAGGCCUAUUAUAUAUAUAUAUAUAGUAAAUUUUUUAUCA